AUGCCUGUCGAUUACAGCAAGUGGGACGCGCUGGAGCUCAGUGACGACUCGGACAUCGAGGUCCAUCCCAAUGUCGACAAGCGCUCCUUCAUCCGCGCCAAGCAGAACCAGAUUCACGCUGAGCGACAACAACGACGGAACCAGAUAGAAACAUUCAAGUACGAGCGGCAAAUCAAUGAUGCCCUCAUUCGCCGCAUCACCGCCCUUCUCGACUCCUUCAAGGCCCACGCCGCCGAUGCAGGUGCUGGCGGCUCGAGCAACCCGGGCGAGGUUGCCUUCCGCGUAGUCAUGGAGAGCGCGGCCGGCCUCAAGCCAGAGGAUGACAACCCACCACCACGGCCCGAGGGCGUGCACGGCAGCGAGGAGAAGCUGCCAACCUACACCAAGAUGAUGGCCACGUUGCUAGAUCAGGUCAACAAGGCGCUCCAGGAGAAGAAGGUGAAAGAUGAGGACCGAUACGGCGCGAUGGUGGACGAGAUCGGCGAGCACUUGGACAAGGUGCAGAAGCUGCAAGCCGAGCUCCUCAAGAAGCUCGAUGAGUUGGAGAAGGAAGAAAGCAAGAAGAUCACAAGCGAAAGCAUUCACACUGGCUUUGACAGCUCCCACGUCAACAAAUCCAAGCCAUCAGGGGCUGCAGCUGGGCCGAAGCAGGAGGUAGAGCUCCUGAACCCCAACUUCUCAGCAGGCCAGGCCCAGUCAUCUGCAUCUACAGCUUCGGCAAAAGAUGACGAUGAGAUGGAAGCUUCGCCAGCUGCGCAGCGCUUUGCGCAGAUCAAGACGGGCGAUUAUCAAGCCAGCAUGGCCUACUUGUCCACACACCCGGAGAUCCUGACCGAGAAGGAGUACGAUGGUCUUCUCGUCCUCGCUUUCGAUGCGUCACUCGAGGACCGCGAUGACUUCGCCCGGCAGUGCGUCCAUCAGGCGCUCCUGAUCCAAUAUUGCCGCGCUCUGGGGCGAGACGGUGUUGCCCUCUUCUUCAAGCGCAUCACCACUCAAGGCCACCAAGCGCGAGAGGUCUUCUACAAGGACUUUGAAGAGACGUACCGCAAGAUCAAGAGCCGGACGGUCGAGAUCAACGCUCAGCGGGCGCGUGACGCCGCUGAAGGCAAGGCAGAGGGCGUCGAGCAGAUCCAGCUCCACGCCGUGGAGCCGGGCACCGUCAUCAACAUCAGCAUCCCUCCGGCCGACAGCACGGACGAGGGGGUCAAGACGAGCAGAGACAUCUUUGAGACGUUUGCCCCGGAUAUGCAGAAGGCGCUGGAGACCGGAAGCCUCGAUGAGGUCAACAAGGUGCUGGGGAACAUGAGUGUAGAGGAUGCGGAGGAGUUGGUGGGCAAGCUUGGAGACUCCGGGAUUCUCAGCCUCGAGGAAGAGAUCAUUGACGCCACGACCGAAGAGGGGAGGGCACAGCUGAAGCAGAUGGAGCGCGAAAAUGCCGUGAUGACGUCUGCUGGAGGUGAUUUGUAUCCGGAUCCCGAGUGA